CAUUAGAAUGAGAUGAGAAAUAACAUACAACAGAAAACAGAACCUUAAUUUCCACUUCCAUCCUCUUAACAUGACAUGAGAGACAGAAGAGAAGUUGGUUGACGGAAUCAAACAUUCAAAGCCACCUUGUAGAUCCGCUCAGACAGUGAAAGAUUGCUUUCGUUUGUUGCGAUUCUAAAUUUGAAGCGUCAGAAUCUGUUGGAAUGGAGGGAAGUGGCAGUGGCAGUGGCGCUGCUCCGUCGUCUGCGCCGGUGAAGCAAUAUCUGCAGGAGUUCUCUAAGCUGUUUCAGUACUAUCUGGACAAAUCUACCCCCCAUUCCGCCUACAGAUGGAUUGGGACAUUGGUCAUGGCAUCCAUCUACGUCUUGCGUAUUGUUUACGUGCAGGGGUUUUACGUUGUCUCUUACGGCCUCGGAAUCUACCUCCUCAAUCUCUUGAUUGGUUUUCUCUCACCUUUGGUUGAUCCAGAGCUCGAUCCCUCCAACUCCCCUUUGCUUCCCACCAAAGGAUCCGAUGAGUUCAAACCCUUCAUUCGCCGCCUCCCUGAGUUUAAGUUCUGGUAUUCUUUCACCAAGGCCCUCUGCAUAGCGUUUGUGAUGACCUUCUUUUCCCCGUUUGAUGUUCCUGUCUUUUGGCCUAUAUUACUCUGUUACUGGUUUGUUCUCUUUGUCCUUACAAUGAGGCGCCAAGUUGCACACAUGAUCAAAUACAAAUAUAUCCCAUUUAACUUGGGGAAGCAGAAGUAUACUGGUAAGAAAUCUUCUGCAGGUAGCAGUGGCUCUCGAGCAGACUGAAACUUUGCUCUCACAAUGAGGAUCUAUUAUGUUAGGUUUUCUGAACAAUCAGGCUAGUUAAUCCCCCCACCUCCACUUUUUAUUUUUUUGAAAGAAUUUGUAUUUAGGGUAUUAUGGAUGCGUAUGCAUUAUGCAGUGCAGAAAAUCUUAUUGCCCACUAUUUAUUAUAUUACACAUGAAGACGUGCUGAUUUUGGUACACUUGUAUUGAUUGGAUUUCUUGUAAAUCUCAGCCUGUAUUCUUGAA